AUGGGCCUGAUACCGAAAAGGGCGGGAGCGAUACUGAAAGAGGGAUACCGAAGGGAGCACCAGAUCACAGGCACCGGGACGGCUGUUUGCGUCUCUCACGAUAAGAACACCAAGGGCAGAGAAAGCGAGCAGCCCGGUAGAUAUAACCAGAGCCGGAAAAUCGAUUCAAGCAACAAAAAUUCUAGAACUCUGUUCCACCUACAUGGGGAGAGCAUGAUGAGGGGGAUUAGGUUAGCCUUGGUCACUGUUCACAUCCCCCUCCCCCAAGGUGUCCCUCCAUUCGGCCCAUUACUAGUUACCGUGACCACUUUGGGUGACGCCCGAGCACGCAGGCAGCACAACGCGCAAUCGUCCCUUCUGAAUGGGGAAAGCACACAACAGAUUCGGCUUACCUCACCACCCAUAGAUGACCUAAUCCACUCCGCGCGGGGUAUCAUCGCGAUAAGGAAUACUACGAGGACCUCUACCAUUCGUCUCAUGCGAAUGACAUGUCGUCGUCUUGGCUUGGCUGGAUCUCUGCUACGCGGGGCUCUGAGCUCCACAUCUGCUGGUCUAGACAGUGCCUUGGUGGCCGGACUCAAGGGGAACCAACCAAUGCUUAACGAUCACCCGCCGUUAGAUCCAAUGAGUGAGCCCUAUCGCAGUGCGGGAGCAGUGAUUCGAAACUGGAUGCCAGGGAGGCAGUUAAACUUGACUAGCAAACAAGGAAAUGCCGACCCGGAGAGGAGAAGGGGAGAAACUAGGCAGCAAGAAGAGUCGGCGGAGCCGAUAAUGGCCUGCUCAGGUGGCUAUCGUCAUGAGGCGAAGCAAAGCCGCGAUGGUCAGAAAUAG